AUGCAAGCUCGCUUGGCGCGUUUGUCUCCUCGGCCUGCUCCAGGUCCAACCUUGGCGGUACCAGGGGCCUUUGUGGCUGGAAAUCUGGUGAAAUCGUUGGCUGAGACGGGAGGGCUGGAGAUGGGUUUGUUAGCGCACCCAAAGAGGUUGAAAGCCAAGGGGAAGAAGAUGGGGAUCAUGCUGAAAAAUCGGUAUCACCAUCUCGGGAUGAAGCGCUACUGUGACCCCAAGUACAAGAACAAGGUGACAGCAUCCAAGGAGGUUCUACAGCUUUAUGCCACAGAGAAGGGUCGCAACUUGACUAUGGCUGACAAGUCAUUUGCUUGGGCAAAGGCACGUGGUUUAGUUCGUGACAACACCGUGCACGGUGAAGAAGAGGCAAAACUAGUGCUAGAAGACUCCUUUGCGAAUAACAAUGAGAAAGGGGAGAUGACGGGCCUAAGAGCUGAUGGUCUGGUGGAGGACCCUGCAUUCAGCAUAUUUACAGCUAGAUGA